AUGCUGUCGAACGACUUCUUUUCACUUUCGAAAGAACAUCGAAUGACCUACGAGACUCUUAUGGGACCGCAGCGUGUUACCGCAACUGAUCAAACGUUUUUACGCCCGGUAGUUAUAGAAUUCCGUUCCUCUCCAGAGCGCAUUAUGGACACUGAAUCGUUAUUUUCGCUUUUAUUGCGACUGACCGUUAGAGAUAGAAUUAGAAGAAGAGACUCGCUAGCGUGUAGCUCACCUGUAUCCAGGCUGCACGCUUUGGCGCGUUCUAAUCCCGACAACACGACCCAACAGGAACGCGGCCUCUUACCUUUCCCCUACAAUCACACCGGCCUCUUCCCUUCCUUAAUACCACCCUUCCUUCCAUUCCCUGUUAUUAUCAGCCUCUCCGGGACGUCGGUGUCAAUCUCCAUCCCCUACUUUUAA